GCAGCGGAGGCCCCGGCGGCCCCGCGGGCAGGAUGAGCCUGACCCCGAAGGAGCUCUCGAGCCUGCUGAGCAUCAUCUCGGAGGAGGCGGGCGGCGGCAGCACCUUCGAGGGCCUGUCCACCGCCUUCCACCACUACUUCAGCAAGGCCGACCACUUCCGCCUGGGCUCGGUGCUGGUGAUGCUGCUGCAGCAGCCGGACCUGCUGCCCAGCGCCGCGCAGCGCCUCACGGCGCUCUACCUGCUCUGGGAGAUGUACCGCACCGAGCCGCUCGCAGCCAACCCCUUCGCCGCCAGCUUCGCGCACCUCCUCAACCCCUCGCCGCCCGCCCGCGGCGGCCAGGAGCCCGACCGGCCGCCGCUCUCAGGAUUUUUACCUCCUAUAACUCCACCAGAAAAGUUUUUUCUUUCCCAGCUCAUGCUGGCACCCCCAAGGGAACUCUUCAAAAAGACACCUCGCCAGAUCGCUUUGAUGGAUGUCGGAAACAUGGGCCAGUCUGUGGACAUUAGUGGGCUUCAGUUAGCCUUGGCUGAACGCCAGUCUGAACUGCCAACUCAAAGUAAAGCCAGCUUCCCUAGUAUUCUCAGUGAUCCAGACCCGGAUUCUUCUAAUUCUGGAUUUGACAGCUCAGUUGCCUCCCGGAUCACAGAAUCUUUAGUCAGUGGACCAAAACCACCUAUUGAAAGCCAUUUUCGGCCAGAAUUCAUCCGUCCGCCACCUCCACUCCACAUUUGUGAGGAUGAACUGGCUUGGCUCAAUCCUACAGAGCCUGACCAUGCUAUUCAGUGGGAUAAAUCUAUGUGUGUUAAGAAUAGCACUGGUGUGGAGAUCAAGCGAAUUAUGGCAAAAGCCUUCAAAAGCCCCUUAUCUUCUCCCCAACAAACACAGCUCCUUGGUGAAUUAGAAAAAGAUCCCAAACUUGUUUAUCAUAUUGGCCUCACUCCAGCCAAACUUCCAGACCUAGUGGAAAACAACCCUCUAGUUGCAAUAGAAAUGUUGCUGAAAUUAAUGCAGUCAAGCCAGAUCACUGAGUAUUUCUCUGUCCUGGUCAAUAUGGACAUGUCUUUACAUUCAAUGGAAGUCGUAAAUCGACUGACUACAGCUGUUGAUCUACCUCCUGAGUUUAUUCACCUUUAUAUAUCAAAUUGCAUCUCUACUUGUGAACAAAUUAAGGAUAAAUAUAUGCAGAAUCGUUUGGUGCGUCUUGUGUGUGUGUUUCUUCAGUCCUUGAUCCGUAACAAAAUUAUUAAUGUGCAGGACUUAUUUAUAGAAGUGCAGGCCUUCUGUAUUGAAUUCAGUAGGAUACGAGAAGCCGCAGGCUUAUUCCGGUUGUUGAAGACACUGGAUACUGGAGAAACGCCUUCAGAGACCAAAAUGUCAAAAUAAUACCUCACCGGAACUACCCAAUUUGUUGUUCAACUGUAUUGAUUUAAGUGGAUUGCUUGGUCUUAUACAUAUAAACAACACUUUAAUCUACUUUAAAGCAAAAGUUUUGCUUUUCCUGGAUGACUUUUUCCUAUAGAUGAAUUUUUGGUAAGAACUUGGACACAAAAUGUUCCAAGUGUCUUGCUGAUGACUCCAUAGGAGGAAUAAUUAUCCCAUAUUACUGCAAAAAAAAAAAGUAGAUGAGGUGUGUAUUUUUUAAAAGAAAUUUUAGCAUUACAGAGCAAAGUGCUUGUUUUUGCUUCAAAGGCAAGCUACAGGCUCUGAUAAAUCAGGAACCCAGUUUUCCUAAGGUUCCAGUGUUAAAAGUAUCCAAUGAGAGCAAAGACAUUUUGAAGAAAUUUUGAUACUGUCAUAUGGUGAAGAGCAGUUGAUUGUAUCUCUUAACUUCUCAUUAAGCAGUAUAAAACAAGGACAUGCAUAUAACUUUGUCAUGGGAACUCCAGAAGUGGCAGAACAAAUGUUUGGAGGGCCUCUUAAAAACACGGGAACUCUUAGGACAACGUUAUAAUAGAUGAUAUUGUUUCCUAGGUUUUUUUUCUUCGUUGAGAUGUCCUCUGUUAUUACCCUAAAAUGCAUUUUUUUGUUUUGUUUUGUAUUGUUUUAAAGGAAAAACAGGGCUUUGGGAGGGAGUGUCACCCCUAGGAACUGCUGUCUGUGGCAGGGUAGAUGUGUGAGAUGUACCAGAGCAGGCAGUGCAUGUGUCACCCCUCAUGUCACUUUGGACAACAGUGCCUUCCAGUAAAGUUCUGUUUUUUU